AUGGAGAGGGCCUCCCAGAAAAGCAAAACUGAAAGACGAGUCAGCUUCAAGGCCAAAGCCUCUGUACACAACUUGAGCAGAACUCAGAAGACCAAACUCACUGUGAGCAGCCUGGGGCUGGGUCUCGUCAUCAUCCAACACGGGCCCUACCUUCAGAUCACGCACCUCAUCAAGAAGGGUGCUGCCGCCAAGGAUGGGAAACUCAAGCCAGGGGAUGUUCUGAUUAGUGUUGGCUACGCCAAUGUAUUAGGAUAUACUCUUCGAGAAUUUUUAAAGCUUUUGCAACAUAUCACCAUAGGAACAGUGCUACAAAUCAAAGUUUAUCGAGAUUUUAUCGACAUACCCCAAGAAUGGCAAGAAAUAUACAAUUUGAUCCCAGAAGCCAAAUCUCCAGAACAACACACACCAAAGAAACCUGAGCAGGAAAAACACAAUUCUUCCGCAAGUAGUGAUGACAAUGAAGAUGUAGUUUUAGAUAAGAGAUUUAGGUACUAUAGAUAUCCAUGGUCAGUUUGGCAUCACGCUGCAAGGAGGCCACUAUCUAUCUCCAGAGAAUGGCACGGAUAUAAAAAGAAGAGUCAAGCGAUUAGUGUUGGGAAAGAUAUCAACAGUGACGUGAUGGUUCACAGAGAUCCACAGAGGGAAGCUAGAGCUCCAUCUCCAUACUGGACAAUGGUAAAGCAUGACAGAGAGAGCUCUUCCUCAGCCUCCUCUACCUCAGACGCCUUUUGGUUGGAGGACUAUGCCCAAGUGGAGAAGGGCAAGGGGUAACCAGUACCAAAGGUUGGUCAGGAGACAGUUUGCGAGGAUGCUCUUAAGAGCAUCUGUUCUGGAAAUCCUCUUGCUUUGUGUCUUGUAACAGGUUUGCAAAAAUUUUUAUAGGUAUGUGUCUAGACUGACCAAGUCCCUCCCUUGACUGCACUUUGGAGGCCUUCUUUAAUAUGACAGUUAAAAGAUGGCCUGAAGUUUCAUAGGCUUCACAAAUCAAACAGCAACACCAAGAGGGUCGUCAAGACCCUCUUUUCUAGGAAGAAUUUACCAUCAUCUUUUAGAAAAUAUAGCAGAGGAACCCAGUAUCACAAGGUCUGAACAUAGUAGAGAACUUCCAACUUUUUAAGGUAAAUACCUUAUUUUUCUUAAAAAUUUGUUGGCAAGUUGUUCACAUUAGAAAUUCCCUUAAUCCUCUUGCAACCCUACUAUUUAAGUUUU